CGCGAGGGGAGGGGGAGUCCCGUCUGACUGAGACGGCAGGCCUGGGCGGGCGGGGGUGCCGCGCAGGGCGGAGCGCCGGGCUGGGGAUGAGCUAAGCGGGUUCGGAGCUCCGCGGCAUUCAGUCUCUCGUGUCCCGCCGCCACUGGUGAGUGGACGCGGCACCGCUCUCCAAGCUCGACCGGCUGCUCGCGAGGGAGCCAGCGGUGAGUAUUUCUCAAACUUCAAGGCUUGCAGAAUUCACAAAUUGAGAUCUGGCAUCAUUUUCAGAGAGAGACUUUCAGUAAUGUAUGUAACCUUCUGUAAUGGAAGAUGAUUGAAGAUAAGGGGCCUCGUGUUGCUGACUACUUUGUUGUAGCAGGAUUAACUGAUGUUUCAAAGCCUCUUGAAGAAGAAAUUCACUUCAAUGAUGCUUGUCAUAAAGUAGCUAAACCAAAAGAACCUAUCACAGAUGUUUCAGUUAUUAUUAAAUCUCUUGGGGAGGAAGUGCCACGGGAUUACACGUGUAUUGAUGUUACCCCAACUGGACUGUCAGCUGAUCUCAAUAAUGGAAGUCUUGUGGGGCCGCAGAUUUUCCUUUGCUAUAGAAGAGGAAGAGAUAAGCCUCCACUUACAGAUCUGGGGGUUUUAUAUGACUGGAAAGAAAGAUUGAAACAGGGGUGUGAAGUUAUCCAGAGUACUCCCUACGGACGCCCUGCAAAUAUUAGCGGGAGUACCUCAUCACAAAGAAUUUAUAUCACUUACCGAAGAGCCUCUGAAAACAUGACUCAGAAUACGUUGGCUGUUACAGACAUAUGUAUUAUUAUACCCAGUAAAGGAGAAAGUCCACCACACACAUUCUGCAAAGUUGACAAGAAUCUCAAUAACAGUAUGUGGGGAUCAGCAGUGUACUUAUGUUAUAAAAAAUCGGUGGCAAAGACUAACACUGUAUCUUACAAAGCUGGUCUAAUUUGUAGAUACCCUCAAGAAGAUUAUGAGUCAUUCUCACUCCCAGAAUCUGUUCCCCUAUUUUGUUUACCAAUGGGUGCAACUAUUGAAUGUUGGCCACCAAAUAGCAAAUACCCUCUCCCUGUAUUUUCUACAUUUGUGUUAACUGGAGCCUCAGCUGAAAAGGUCUAUGGUGCUGCUAUUCAGUUUUAUGAACCAUACUCCGAAGAGAAUCUCACAGAAAAACAGAGAUUUCUUUUGGGUUUAGCAUCAUCAGCAGAUGAGAAGUCUGAUAGUUCCAAGACAGUUCACACUAGUAAAUGCAUCUGUCUUCUCUCUCACUGGCCUUUUUUUGAUGCAUUCAGGAAGUUUCUGACUUUUCUAUAUCGUUAUUCCAUCUCUGGACCUCAUGUCCUUCCAAUUGAGAAGCAUAUUUCUCAUUUUAUGCAUAAAGUUCCUUUUCCAUCUCCUCAGAGACCACGGAUUUUAGUUCAGUUAUCACCACAUGAUAAUCUGAUUCUCAGUCAGCCUGUUUCUUCACCUCUUCCACUAAGUGGUGGCAAGUUUUCAACAUUACUUCAGAAUUUGGGCCCUGAAAAUGCUGUGACACUACUGGUGUUUGCAGUAACAGAACAUAAGAUUCUUAUUCAUUCCUUACGGCCUUCAGUGCUUACUAGUGUGACAGAAGCAUUAGUGUCUAUGAUUUUCCCUUUCCACUGGCCAUGCCCCUAUGUUCCUCUCUGCCCACUGGCUUUAGCAGAUGUCUUGAGUGCACCAUGUCCAUUCAUAGUAGGAAUUGAUUCAAGAUACUUUGAUCUCUAUGACCCUCCACCAGAUGUCAGUUGUGUUGACCUAGAUACCAACACAAUUUCUCAAACUGGUGACAAGAAAAAUGUAGCCUGGAAGGUACUUCCAAAGAAACCAUGUAAAAAUCUGAUGAACACACUGAAUAAUUUGCACCAGCAGUUGGCAAAAUUGCAGCAGAGACCAAGAGACGAUGGACUAAUGGACUUAGCAAUGAAUGAUUAUGAUUUUAAUUCUGGAAAGAGGUUGCACAUGAUAGAUUUGGAAAUCCAAGAGGCAUUUUUAUGUUUCAUGGCCUCUAUUUUAAAAGGUUAUAGAUCAUACUUAAGACCAAUAACACAAGCCCCAUCUGAGACAGCCACAGAUGCAGCCUCUCUUUUUGCCCUACAAGCUUUCUUAAGAAGCCGGGACCGGUCACAUCAGAAAUUCUAUAACAUGAUGACCAAAACACAAAUGUUUAUUCGCUUCAUUGAGGAAUGUUCUUUUGUCAGUGAUAAAGAUGCAAGCCUGGCGUUUUUUGAUGAUUGUGUAGAUAAAGUGGAUAUGGACAAGAGUGGUGAAGUGCGACUUAUAGAACUGGAUGAAUCUUUCAAAAGUGAACACACUGUUUUUGUAACACCACCUGAGAUCCCCCAUCUACCCAAUGGUGAAGAACCCCCUUUACAGUACAGCUAUAAUGGAUUUCCAGUUCUUAGGAACAAUUUAUUUGAGAGACCUGAAGGAUUUCUACAAACACGAAAGAGCAAAUUGCCUUCAAAAUCAAGUAGUCCUAGUAGCCCUUCUCCCAUGUUCAGAAGAACAAAACAGGAAAUUAAAUCAGCCCAUAAAAUUGCCAAGAGGUACUCUUCCAUUCCUCAGAUGUGGUCUAGGUGUCUACUGCGUCACUGUUACGGGCUGUGGUUUAUUUGUCUCCCAGCUUAUGUGAAAGUAUGUCAUUCAAAAGUCAGGGCUCUGAAAACAGCCUAUGAUGUGCUUAAAAAAAUGCAGUCAAAGAAGAUGGAUCCACCUGAUGAGGUGUGCUACCGCAUUCUUAUGCAGCUCUGUGGACAGUAUGAUCAGCCAGUGCUUGCAGUUCGAGUGCUGUUUGAAAUGCAGAAAGCUGGUAUUGACCCCAAUGCCAUAACUUAUGGUUAUUAUAAUAAGGCUGUUUUGGAAAGUACCUGGCCUUCAAGGAGUCGUAGUGGCUAUUUUCUUUGGACAAAAGUGAGAAACGUUGUUUUAGGAGUAGCACAGUUCAAAAGAGCUUUAAAGAAACACGCACAUUUAUCGCAAACAACUCUCUCAGCAGAUGGCAGUGACCUGGAUGCUGUUAGUCAUGGCAGCAUGGAUAGUGGUCAUGGGACACACACUGUGGAGCAGGCACCUUUUAAUACGGGUUUAAUCAAAGUGUAUGCUUCUGAUGAUAGAUCUAGUACAGGUGGCCAGUCUGACCUUGGAUAUAAUUCACUAUCUAAGGAUGAAGUUAGAAGAGGGGAUACAUCUACUGAGGACAUUCAAGAAGAAAAAGAUAAGAAAGGGAGUGAUUCUAGUUCCUUGUCAGAGAGCGAGAGUGCAAAGGGAAGUGCUGAUUGUCUUCCUAAGCUCAAUUAUCAAAGUUCUUCCAGUAUAGUUCGCCUCAGUGCUACAAAUAACAGUGCUGAUAAAACGUCAGGAGAAAGCACAGAAAGUACGUCUGAGCCGCUCUUAAUAUCAUCUUUUGAGGAUACAAAUGAAACAGGAAACAUUCAAAGUAGAUGCUUCAGGAAAAGACAUAAAAGUGACAAUGAGCCUAAUUUGCAGCAGCAAAUGUCCUGGGGAAAUAGAAACCGAAAUCUUAGUGGAGGAGUACUAAUGGGACUUAUGCUCAAUAGAAUUAACCAGGAAGCAAACCCUGGAGAUAUGGUUGAAAAAUUAGGAGCUGAUGCAAAAAUUCUUUCAAAUGUAAUCUCAAAAAGCACAAGACCAAAUAGUCUUGAUAUUGGAAAGCCAUCUUUAAGAUCAAAAAGAGACAGUAUAGAGAAGGAAUCUAGUGAUGAUGAUACACCUUUUGAUGGUUCUAAUUGUUUGGCAGAUAAAGUGGAUUCUCCUGUUAUUUUUGACUUAGAAGACUUAGACAAUGAAACAGAUGGAUCAAAAGUGGGGUAUCUUGCUCCACAAAAUCCUAAGAGGAGUCAACGCUUGAAUAGCAGCUUUUCAGUAAAACCUUUCGAAAAAACUGAUGUUGCAACAGGAUUUGAUCCCCUCUCUCUUCUGGUUGCUGAGACUGAACAGCAGCAAAAAGAGGAGGAGGAAGAGGAGGAAGAUGAUAGCAAAAGCGUUUCAACACCAUCUGCUAGGCGAGAUUUAGCUGAAGAAAUUGUGAUGUAUAUGAAUAACAUGAGCAGUCCUUUGACAAGUCGAACACCAAGCAUUGAUUUACAACGGGCCUGUGAUGAUAAAGUAACCACUAAGAAAAGUCCAACGUUGGUCAAGGCAUGCAGAAGAUCUAGCCUGCCUCCUAAUUCUCCUGGGCCAGUGAGACUUACCAAAUCUAAAAGUUACUCAAAAAACGAAGACAGACCAAGGGAUAGACUCUGGUCUUCUCCAGCCUUCUCACCUACUUGCCCAUUUAGGGAAGAAUCUCAAGAUUCAUUAACCCAUUCAUCACCUUCAUUUAAUUUAGAUACACUACUAGUACCUAAACUAGAUGUUCUAAGAAACAGUAUGUUCACUGCUGGAAAAGGAGUUGCAGAGAAAGCAAGCAAAUGGUAUUCAAGAUUCACCAUGUACACCACAUCAUCCAAGGAUCAAAGUUCUGAUCGUACCAGUCUUUCUUCAGUGGGAGCCCAGGAUUCUGAAUCUACCUCAUUAACAGAUGAAGAUGUCUGCCACGAGUUGGAAGGAGCCACUUCUUCUCAGGAAAGCAGUGCCACUGCAGGGACUAAGGGAAUUGAUUUCAGCAGAACAAGCCUGGAAGGUUCUUCCUCUUUAGAAGGAUCCUUGUCCAAGUUUGCCUUACCUGGGAAAUCAGAAGUGGCAUCUUCCUGCAACACGAGUAAUACAAAUAUCUUCCAGAACUAUGCAAUGGAGGUUCUUAUCUCGAGCUGCUCUCGUUGUAGAACCUGUGAUUGUCUUGUCCAUGAUGAGGAAAUCAUGGCUGGCUGGACAGCAGAUGAUUCAAAUCUCAAUACAACCUGCCCAUUUUGUGGCAAUCUUUUCUUGCCCUUUCUGAACAUCGAAAUAAGAGAUUUAAGACGACCUGGAAGAUACUUUUUGAAGUCAAGCCCGUCUACAGAAAAUAUGCAUUUUCCAUCCUCCUUUUCAAGGCAGACAAGGCAGUCUUGUAUCUCAACAUCAGCCUCUGGUCUUGACACAUCUGUUCUCUCUGUUCAAGGGAAUUUUGAUCUAAAUAGCAAAUCAAAGUUGCUCGAAAAUACAUGUGCCCGAAGUAUUCAGAUCCCUGCUGAUAGAUCAAAAGCAGCUUUGUCAAAAUGUCCAGUAUUUCCAAUGGCCAGGAGUGUUAGUACUUACGGCACCUUGGAUAAGGAAGACAAUGGAGGACAGAAGCUCAUUCCUACAGGCAGCCUGCCAACUACUUUACAAGGAGCUACAGAUUCUUUAGGAUUAGAAUGGCACCUCCCAAGUCCAGAUCCUAUCACUGUUCCAUAUCUUAGUCCUUUAGUGGUAUGGAAGGAACUUGAAAGCUUAUUGGAAAAUGAGGGUGAUCAUGCAAUAACAGUGGCAGACUUUGUGGACCAUCAUCCAAUUGUUUUUUGGAACCUGGUGUGGUAUUUUAGACGUCUUGACUUACCCAGUAAUUUACCUGGAUUGAUUCUUUCUUCUGAGCAUUGUAACAAGUAUUCAAAGAUUCCUCGCCACUGUAUGUCUGAAGACAGUAAAUAUGUUUUAAUACAAAUGUUGUGGGACAAUAUGAAAUUACAUCAGGAUCCAGGACAGCCGUUGUACAUCCUCUGGAAUGCCCACAGUCAAAAUCGUACUCUUUUGUUUGAGACCCAGAAGUAUCCAAUGGUCCAUUUAUUGCAAAAAGGUGAUAAUUCAUUUAACCAGGAACUAUUGAAAAAUAUGGUAAAAAGCAUUAAAAUGAAUGAUGUCUAUGGACCAAUGAGUCAGAUUUUAGAGACACUGAAUAAAUGUCCUCAUUUUAAAAGACAGAGGAGUUUAUAUAGAGAAAUACUGUUUCUCUCACUUGUGGCACUGGGAAGAGAAAACAUUGAUAUAGAUGCAUUUGAUAAAGAAUACAAGAUGGCAUAUGAUCGUCUCACACCUAGUCAAGUCAAGAGUACCCACAACUGUGAUAGACCACCAAGUACAGGAGUGAUGGAAUGUCGAAAAACCUUUGGAGAACCUUAUCUUUAAGAUAUGUGUGUGUAUUUUUUCAAUAUGUAUUGUGUAGUCAGUGUAUAAAAUAACACUUUUAGACUCUAACCUUUUUUCUGCAAUUUUUCAAAAUGCAUUUGUAAAUGGUUCAGGAAGUUCAGAUAGUUUAUGUACAGAGUGUCUUAAGAAAAUACUAACAAGUGGGAGAGAGCUACUUUGUUUCCCAUUUCUUCUUUUUUUCUUCUCCGGUACAAGUAAUUAAGUAUUUUUGUGAUGAAAAAAUCCAUAAACAAAAUUGGUUCCCAUAGAAUAAGACAACUGUUUUAUGGAUUCUUUUGGAAGAGACAGAUUGGAAAAUCAUGUAUGGAACUUAAACAAAUGUAAGAACAAAGUAUCUCCUGUUUUCAUAGACUACUCAAAUGUUUUGACCAUGAAGUUGUAUUAUACAUAUUUUAAAUUGUUUAUAAUAAGUUGAUAUUUUUUUAAUUUUUAAACUUAAUAUAGCAAACAAAAUGAACUUAAACUUAUGAAGCAAGGUAAUUAAGUGCUUAUUUUCUUUGUCUGCUGCUAUUUGAAGUAAUUAGUACAGCUGCAGAUCUCUAUAUGUAUAUCUAUAUUUUUUUUAUUACUUGGAAGAAUGAUUCAAAAAUGUCAGCGCUAGUGUCAGUGUUGUCCUAGGAUCGCAUAUUAGUACUCCUGAGCCUAACUGCAGUGGGUGAGUCAUGGCAAGGGUGUGCAUUGCCCAGACUGACUCACUGAGCCUUGUGGAAGGAAAGCCAGAGAGGUUCCAAGUCUGCUGUAAAAUCAGGUUCAAUAUACCAUGAUUCCAAAAUUUUCUCUAUUGCUAAUAGAUACAUACAAUACACAGGGAAAAUAGCUUAUAGAGCCAAAUAUCAAUUUAAAUUUUAAUAUUCUACGUGAACACUUAUGUUGGGAAAUAUGUCAGACAGUUUAUCCCAAAUUCUACCUUUAUUUUAAUAUCUAAAAUAUUGGGUAUGAUGCAAAUUGUAGUAUGUUUAUCUGGAAUAUGACCUAUUGGAGUAUUCUGUUAAUAUUAUAUAUAUAUAUAUAUAUAUAUAUAUAUUAUAUAUAAAUAUUCAAAAUAUUUUUUCAAAAGUAGAAAAAUAAUAACUCUCUAAAAGUACAGCCAGAUAGAAUUUCCCAUAUUGAGGAACUUGGCUUUUUCAAUAAGCCUUCAGAAUCUGGUUUAUGGAAUCUAAAAUCCAGCAAUAUCCGGAAAUAGACAGUAAAUUGAAUGUUUAAGUACCAUGGGUAUUAAAUAGAAUCUUAAAAAAUAUUUGUAGUCGCAUUAUUUCUAAUAUCAAUUUCUUUGGGUAAUUCUGAUAAAAAAGUAUCCUUUGGCUGUUAGAAUUAUUUAUCGAUUUUCAGUGUGUUCGUGUGGUGUGUGUUUGCACACAUUGUCAUAAUGAAGGAAUUCUCUAGCCAAUUUCAAAGAAGGAAAAAAUGAAUGGUCCUAAAUUAGAUGUGUAGAAGCCGGCAGAGUUCAGGACACUUUGGACUGGAGAUACCUUUAAGUCCUGAGACUAAGAACCAGUUCAGCUGUAGAAAAAACACUUUUGAGUUCAUCCCACUAGUGAAUAGCACCAAGCUAAAACAUUUCACAGCUUUCUACUCUGGGAAAUAAUGGGGAAAGUUUAAAAAUGUAAAAUUUUAGUUCAGUUAGUUUGGCGCUGAACUUGCUUACUUGAAAAGUCUGGUGCUAUGCACAUGUAUCUGCCUCUUUUGUAAAUACCACUCUUGUCUUAUCCUUCUUUCCUAUUCAGAUCCACGCUUCACAUUCUAAUUCAGUCUUACGUUCUCUAAGUCACAAUCAUUUCAAAGUUGUCAAAGGAGAGAAACAUUUGAUAGGUGAGGCUUUUGGCAUUAGUGACAAACAUCCCUCCAAACAGAAUUCUGGGGUUCUAUUCUGGUUUUUUGUUAUUGUUUGUAUAAGAACAGCUUUCACUAUUGAUUAUCUUUUCUUUAACACAAGCAAUAUAUAUGAAUAACAGUUUAUUGAUUUCAAAUACCUGACCAAAAAAAGUAAGGUAAAGCCCAUUCUUUAUGGUUCAGACUCAUUUAGAAAAGUGAAUGUAAUUUUUAUCUCCUUCCCCUGACACCAAGUUUUGUUUCUGCUUUUGACUGGGUUUUAUUUCCCCUAUUUUCAAUCCCCAGGGAAUAUUAUUUGCACAAAUUUACUCUUUAAAAAUAAAACCUAAAACAUGAAUAGAAAGUGGUAAACCUUGAUCAAAAGAAAACUAAAAUGUAGAUCAUCCUUUGAAAUAACUCCAUACAAACUUUUCUUCAAUUUUAUCUCUGUUGACCAUACAUUUUAGAGAAUCAUGGCCAAUCAUGUUAGAGAGAAAUACCCUUUUGCUACAUUAUCUGUCUUUUAUUUUCUUACUCUUAGUUUUGUUUAUCUGUUUACUAGUUGAAAAUAAAUCAUGCCAUGUCCUGGUACAACUUGUUUACUA